UUAUAGGCUAUUAAGGUCAGAAGGGUUAAUCCGAUUUUAAUCUGGGUGCUGUUGAUCUGAACUCAGAUUCCUGUUAAUCACGAUUAAUCGGAAGGAUCAGGGUGCUGUUGAUGUAAUCACCAUCAACGAUGAUCUAAAUCGACACGAUUAAUCACGGUUAUCUUUUUUAUUAAGGCUACUUGGUAUUGGUGAGCUUUAACUUCAUCAAGUUGAAGUUCUUUUUAAAGUAUUAAUAAAAUCGAAGGAUUACGGAGCACAGCAGAGCGAAUAAUGCUGGAAUAUUAAACCACAAAAGUAAUAACAUCGAUCUUUAGGCUUUACUCUUUUUUUUUUUCUUUGCAAUAAUGGCUCUGUCCCAAAUCCAGUGUCUGGACGACAACCACGUGAACUGGCGGAUAAAUGAAACCAAGAUCGAGUUCCUUUACAGCGAGGAGCAGCGGCUGGCCGUGGAGUCCCUGAUCUCCGGCGGCCGCGACGCCUUCGGUACCUACAUAAAGGAGCGCGAGCUGCGGCCCUUCCUGUCCGAGCGCGAGCUGGAGCGCCUGGGCAGCUCUGUCGAGGACUACCGACCGGGAGCCGAACCCCCGAGACCAGACCUCGCCGACGGAGACGAGCGGCCCCUGUCCCUGCAGUACUGGCCCGACAGGUCAGACACCUCCAUACCGGAUUUAGACCUCGGCUGGCCGGACUACAACUCGUACCGGGGGGUCACCAGGGUCAACGUGUACACGCAGCCGCCCAUGGGCGGGCAGACGCACAUCAAGGAGGUGGUGAGGAAGGCCAUCGUGCAGGCGCAGAAGAUCAUCGCCAUAGUGAUGGACGUCUUCACGGACGUGGACAUUUUCAAAGACCUGCUGGACGCCGGCUUUAAGAGGAAGGUGGCCGUGUACAUCAUCAUCGAGCAGUCGUCCAUCCAGGACUUCCUGCACAUGUGUGAGAGAGCCACCAUGCACGGCGGCCACCUCAAGUACCUGCGAGUGCGAUGCAUCGGAGGUUCCGUGUUCCACACCCGCUCAGCCAAGAGGGUCCAGGGCUCGCUCAAUCAGAAGUUCAUGUUCGUGGACGGAGACCGCGCCAUAUCCGGAUCCUACAGUUUUACAUGGACGGCGGCUCGACUGGACCGCAACCUCAUCACGGUCCUGACCGGUCAGGCGGUGGAGGCCUUUGACAAGCAGUUCUGCGAGCUCUACCUCACCUCCCAAAGCGUCAACCUGUCCAAGGUCCCCCUGACCAACGUCCCCGAACCCGAGCCCCUCCCCGUACCCGCUCCCGCCGCCGUCCCCACGCCCGCCAUCGCCAGAAAACUCAUCAACCCCAAAUACUCCCUGGUGGACACGGCCAGCAAGGGCUCGUCGGACAAGGCCAGUCCAAAGAACAGCAACUCCCAGAAUGCCUUGCCAGUGCCGGUCAAGCAGCGUCGGCGCAAUCUCAUCGAAGAGCUGCCCAAGCACCCCGGGCUCGUAGGACUCCCGAAAGCGGAGCUCAUCCCGUACCUGCCCACGUGGCCGGAGCCGGACCCGCCGAGCGACGUCAUCGGCUUCAUCAACAUCCGGGACACCAGCAAACCGCUGCAGCCGCAUCUGAUGCGCUCGCAGAUGUUCGAGGCAUCGCAGGCCAUCCGCUUCAAGGACCCGUUCAUCGCUCCGCCCGAGGAGCCGCUCCCCGAGAAGGCGUGUCCUCGGCGCAACAGCGGCAACACCCCGAAAACGAACCCUUUAAACUCGUACGUUAGAGAAGCGGCGGCUCCUGUGGAGACCCCCGCGGAAAACGAGUCGCCAACCGGGGAACCGCCGGCGCCCGUUCAGGCACGGAACCCGGUCGCUGAGGUGACCGCUCCCAAACCGGUCCAGACGGACGUGGAUGCGGCUCCUCCGGGACCGCCUGUACCGAAACCACGGACCGUCCAGCUGGCCGUGACCGUACCCGACGACCCUGCGGUCCAGAACUCCAAGGAGUACCAAGAAGCCGAGCAAAAUCUGGACGAUCGGGACCACGCCGGUCAGGAUGAGAGUCCAGAGAACGAUACGGACAGCACCAGGAGCGUAGAGUUAGCGGAUCCGACAGAGAUAGAAGCCAGGUCGACGGCGUCGGACGAGUACUACGAGUGCAGCGACUCGGACCGGAUCGCUAACGGGAAGCUGGGCGGCUCGAGCCACCUGGGGAAGCCCGGCUCGCUGAACGUGAUGUCCAGGUUAUCUCAGUCCCUGGUGGACCUGAGGCUUGAGAACGGGCUGGAGCCGGACCCCGCCCAGAGGAACGCGCUGAACGUACCAGACAGAGCCGCGGUGCAGACGAUCCAGCAGAACUCACGAUUUCCGGUCCCGGAGGUCAACAACAGGACCAACAGGGUGGUGAUCGCCAAACCGGGAGCGUUCCACCUGCCUACCAAGAAGAGCGCCCACGUCAUCGGCGGGCACCGAUACUGGAACGACAGACUCAACAUGCCGCCCCCUGACGACCCCCGAUUAGGCCGCUUAAACUGCAGACGGAACCCCCCCGACUCCCUCAACCCGUCCGCGGUUUACCGAGUCUCGGACGCGAGGUCGCCGUCGCCGCGCGGGAGGGUCGAGACUCACACGCCGCUGGGAAUCUCGGUGUCCAAACUCGCCGGCCUGGGGAACUUCCGGAACAAGAUGCCCAUGGUCACGAGCACCAGGAAGGUCACGUACGGGCAGAAGAAGAGCUAACUGGAGGCCUUUCUGUACUUUCAUUCCUUACAUUUUACUCUAUUUUGAAUUCAGUGUUUCCUUCGUGACUGCAGGCUGUCCCAGAUCGUAAUGCACCCUCCAGCAUGCUUCACAGAUGAGCGUUCGGUGCCUUUUCCCUCUUGAGGUACUCAGGAUCCCCCUGCGCAACUUGAAGCCGUUUGAGUUUCCCUAAUGACCGCAAGCUGGCUUGGCUUUCAGAAAACAGUGCAGCCUGGAAUCGUGAUGCACCCUUCACCACACCUCACAGUUUUGCUCUGCAGUGCCUUUUAUCCUUGGAGAAACUGGUCACUAAAACGAGCCGAGCCCGAUGUAGCACCGCCCCAGACCCUAACGCACCCUCCACCAGGCUUCACGGCCGAGUGGGGCAGCAAAGCAUCCCCAAAUCAUAACGCACCCUCCACCAUGCUUCACAGUUGUACUUUGAGAAGGUUUUGGCUUGUUUCCAGUUGAAGAAAGUUCACUGAAAGUUCUUGAAUUUCUGGAAAGUUUGUGAAAUUCGUGUGUAAAAUUCGAUGCUACGUUCCCCCUUCCCCCACAAAUCGUGAUGCCCCCUCCGCCAGGCUUCACAGUUAAACACGAGGUGUUGGUGUGCAGUGCCUUUUCUCCAUAAGGAAGACUUCACUGGACGUAACUGGAAUUCGCCUGUAAAUGUUUGUUUGGAUUUUUUGGAAGUUUAAAUGUAGUAUUUUCUGCGAGCUGUUGAAGUGUAGACGGCCCGGACGCCGACGCACCCUCCGCCGCGCUUCAGAGUCGAGGAAAGUUCAUGGAUUCACAACAGCAAGUGACGAGCUGCGAUUCCGGCGAAGCGACAGAUCGAAUCGAGAUUUUUAUUUCUAUUUUAUGCUGAUUUAAGUCACGAGGUCAAAAGUUUACAUACACCUGUGGGGGGGACGGGGUAUCGGAUGGAAUCCCAUCUAUUUCUGUGAUUCUGGGGGAGCCUAUCCCAGCUUUUCAAUGGGCGCAAGGCACACAGUAACACCCUGGACGGGGCGUCAGUCCAUAACAGGGCAGACACCAACACACACACACACACUUAUAGGGCAAUUCAGUGUCUCCAAUUAACCUUACUGCAUGUUUUUGGACUGUGGGAGGAAACCCCUGGACCACCCCGCUUGGGGAUGGAACCCAGGACCUUCUCGCUGUGAGGCGACAGUGCUACCCACCGAGCCACCGUGCUGCACGUCCCUUUCAAGUCUACGUAAACUUUUGACCUCGAUGGUAGUUCCUGCAGGUCCAUCGACAUUCGCUUUUAAAAGUGCUGGACGCUGAACUGAUGGACGGGAUCCUCACAUGAUUUGUAGGCUAGUCGUGGAACCUCAGCUGGACAGUGUUCACCCGCCUGGGACGUUUGGAACCCCGUCGGAUUUACGUGUAGCAGAUUCACACCAAAUAAAGGAUUGUGUUUGUGAAACAAGGACAAUUGCACGGACACGGUGAUGGAUUCUGGGACUCGGUAAUAAUUACUUUACAGUUUUUGUUUAGCAUUAAAUAAAAGUAUGUCGGACUGGACAAACAACCAACAACAACAACAACAGUGUUUGAACAUUUUGUUUUCUUACUUUUGCUCCACUUUUGUACACCAGCUUGUAAUAAUACUCGGUAAAGGUGGGCGAUGUCUUGGUCUCACGAUAUAUUGCGAUACGUCUGUGAUAAUGAUAUAAAGGAACGAGAUUGAAAGGAUGCUUUAUGAGUUAAAUCUUAAAUCUUACGCCUAGAGGUAAAAUCGACAAAAGUAUGCGGACACCCCAAUAACCCAAUAACUGGGUCUGUUCGAAAACUUAGCGAGCAACUUAAUAGAGAGGAUUCUAAUAAGUCAUCAACUUACUUCGUUACAUUUUCGGCAUUUAGCGGACGCUUUUAUCCAAAUAUAUAUCUAUAUCAGUAUAGAAUGUAAGCAAUUGAGGGUUAAGGGCCUUGCUCAAGGGCCAAACAGUGGCAACCUGGCAGUGGUGAGGCUUGAACCGGCAACAUUUUGAUUAUUGGACCAAUACCUUAACCACUAGGCUACAACUGCUCCUACAGCUGACUUAUAAGUCAGGUGAUUCAAAUGCGCCACUUAUACAGCGAGUCCAUCAGUUUUCACUAGCUAAGCUAACACAGUUAGCAUCAUGCUAUUCAAACAACGCGCUAGCACGUCAACUAACGUCUCCCUCCGUGUACCGAAAACGGCUACAUUUGCUGACGAGCCCGAACUUACAAAUGAACGACACUCGUGCCCCUUUAUACAGGGCAGUUGUAGCAGUUCAAACCCCACCACUGUCAGGUUGCAACUGUUGGGCCCUUGAACAAGGCCCUUAGACCUCAAUUGCUUUGGAUAAAAGUGUCUGAUAAACGCCGACAAUGUAAAUGUAAUACUAAUGAAAAAUCAAUAAUAAUUUAUUUACGUUUGUGCCGCACUGAAUGCUGGGAUUGGCUCUGGUCACAGCUGUGGGCCAGCUCUGUGUUAAUGACCACGCUUUUGGAAUCGGAUGUCCGUCCAUAAGUUUUGGCCGUAUAGUGUUUAGUACGAGGGGUCUUCAAAAAGUUUUUAAAACAAACUCCAUCAUUUUUCUACGUCGUCACUAGGGAUGUAACGAUACACUCUACCCAUGAUGUGAUGCGAUUCACGAUACUGGGUUCACGAUACGAUUCUUUCCCUAUUUUUUUUUUUUUUUAAACAAACUGAAAUUGAAGACAAUUUAUGACAAAGUUUCCUUUUAUUAUUUCUCUUUAACAUAAUAAAAUAAAAUACUGUAUUUGUGCUUAUCUUUUAUUUAUCUAAAUAAUGAAUGUCCUUUUAUUUUUGAGGUAGGUACAAACUAUGCCAAACGAUGCUGCACAUUUCCCUUUGUGUGAAAAAAACGAAAAUGAAAUAAAUCCCACAUUAAAAUAAAUAAAUAAAUAAUACAGAUGACGAAAGUAUCCUCACAUAAAUACAUUUGGCUGGAAAAUUCCGAACCUGGCAACCCUGAUGUGAAUCGAUUUUUAACUGUCUUGUGGUGCAUCGUUACAUCCCUAGUCGUCACCUUCAGAUGCAUUUUCCCAGCGUCGUACCAACUUUUUAAUGCCAUUGGUAAAAAACGUUUUUGGUUGAGCGCGUAGCCACUGAUGCGCCGCUGCUUUCACAUCAUCAUCAUCAUCAUAUGAAAAUCUUCUUCCACUUAAAGCUUCCUUAAGCUCUAAAUCCGGACUAUAAGCGUCUCUCAAUCUCUCAGACAUGACCGAUUACUGUUAUACUACACCCUCACCGCUUAUAACCAACAUAUAAAAGUGAGGGAACUUUUUGAAGAUCCCUCGUACUCGUAGUUUGUAUUUUGUGUUUGGAACACCACCGAUCACACGAGGGCGUGGCUCCUUUCUGACGCUUUUAUUUAUGAAAUCUGCUCUGCUCUUGAAUCUGUGUUGUUACAUCACAGUAUUGGAUGGCGACAUUAUACAGCAUUUAAAAACGUCCCGAUAUUAACCCGCCCACCUCCGUUCCUCCUCCGUUCCUCCUCCGUUCCUCCCCCGUUCCUCCCCCGUUCCUCCCCGUUCCUCCUCCGUUCCUCCCCCGUUCCUCCCCCGUUCCUCAGUUCUCAGUAUGAUUUUUACUGCAGCAGGAUUUCUUUAUACAGGGUUCGUACACGAUUGAAAGUCUCGCUGAUGCUGAUUUGUACCGUUGUGUUCUGUACAUGUGGAAUAAAAAAAAUACUUCAUUUUAAAUAAACGACCUAACAGAG